AUGCUUCUUUUUCUCUUUUCAUCACUGGCAUUCUCGGAAGUUUCUAGUGAUGAAAAAGAAUAUAUUCCAGUAAAUGCAAAUACUGGUGAUAGUAGAUUAGCUCUUUAUACAUGUUAUGGGAGUGAAUUUAAUAGAUUUUCAGAUUAUUCACAACAAGUUUUUAAAAGAAUAAACGGAACAGUCAUAUUUUCAGCUUCUAGUCAAUUGCCUGCAGAAUUACAACAAUAUACGUUAAAUAAAAUUCCUUAUACUUUUCAGAGCAUUGAUAGAAUAUUAGCAUUUGAAAAUGAAGCUCAAAAACAAUUCCAUAUGCAGAAUAUUGGCGAAAAUUACGGAUUACCAGGCCAAGAUAUAAAUGUUACUACAGUUUGGAGAGAUGGAAAUGAAGGUAAGGAUGUUUUGGUCACAUUGAUCGGUAAUGGAUGUUACAUGAUGCAUAACGAUAUAAUUCGUCGAUUUUCAUCAAAUAAUUCAAAAUCUUUAAUAGAAGGAUGUUACAAAUCAAUAAAAUUGGAAUAUUGCAACGAAGCAGUUCCAGCGAAUGAAUCAGUUGAUAAAGAUACCCAUCUCGUUGGUUUAAUUGUCGGAUCUUACAAUUCACAGUGCGGAAGAGGAAUUGCACCUCUGGCAUCAUUUGCAUGUGUUAACUAUAGCUCAUCUAUUAAUAAUCAAGACAAAUUAUUAUUAAUUUCAAAAAUGAAUUUUAAUGAGUCGAAUAUCAAACUAAACACAUUAAUAAGAAGAUGCAGAUAUUCUAAGACAGAUAACUAUCCGAAAUGUCCACAAGAAACCACUUCAGAUGACCUUUUAAAUUCAAUGGAAAAUUAUUUUGAAAAAUCUCGAAAUAAUCUAGGUUUAAUAUACGUAUUACCUGCUGGUGAUAAUGGAAAUAUAGGUGGAGAUACCGGAUUUACGUUUAUGCAACAGUCAAGAUUUGGAAUAAUCGUAGGAGCGACAACAAACAGAGGAACAAGAGCAUAUUAUUCCAACAGAGGCUGUUCAUUAUUUGUGAACGCUCCUUCAGGCGGAUUUCACUGGAAACUUGAUGAUAAUUUUAAUAUUCCUUAUUUAUCAUCAGCAAAAGGCAGAACAUCGUCAUGCAACAAUAAAGUGGCCGGAACAUCGGCGUCCGCUGCUAUUGUAUCAGGUGCAUUAGCUCUAAUACUCUCAAAAAGACCGGAUUUGUCUUGGAGAGAUAUUCAAUACAUAACCGCUUUGACAAGUGUCAGAAAUGAUCCGUUUUUUCAGAGUUGGCAGAAAAACGCAGCUGGAAUUUGGUAUUCCCACUUCUACGGGUUCGGAAGAAUCAAUGUAGGCCGUGCUUUCGAGUUAGCAAACAAUUGGCAGAAAAUUGAAAAAGAAAUCAACAAAACCGUUUUUUGUCAGAAAAAUAUCACUUUUGAAAGUUGUUUUACUGAACCUAUUGAUUGUUAUAUUGAUUUCGAAUCAUCUAUAAGCUGUUCCGAAGCCGUGAUUCUUGAGUUUUCCAUAUCCGAAGACAUUUUUGGUCAAAUGAUCAUAAAAAUUGAAUCUCCAUUAGGAACGGAAGCAGAAGUCAAAACUCUUAGCUCCCAUUUCGUCGAAUCCAUCGGAAUGGAGAGAAGAUUCCUCUGCAGAAACUUCUUCGGAGAAAAUCCAAAUGGUGCCUGGAAAAUUUCUUUUUCUGUUUCAGGCUGUCAACCAAAAACAAUCAUUUCAAAAGUGACACUUCAAAUUUUUGGAACCGAAAAUCCAUUAAAUUCGAGUUUAGUUCUAAACCAGAACUCCAUUGAUCCAUUCGACAGAAACAACUGGCCAACGAAUGUUGAUUACAUUGAGUUUGAUUCCGUUCCUUCCGUUAUUACAUGCCUCAAAAAGUUCGAUAUCAAAUUGAAAUAUUAUCCACAAAUAGAAGGUUUAAAUUGUUUGGUUUUAUUAAUUGAAAAAGUGACAAAUCGUCAGAUUGCACUUUUAUCGUCUCAUGUUCAAGAAGAGAUCGAAAAUAUCCAGAUUCCUUGUAUCUUUUCUGAUGAUGCUGAAUUGGAAAUCGCCAUCGAAGUUCCAUCCGCAAAUUUAUUGGUUUCAAAACCAAUAAAAAUUUAUCGUUCUUCACUUCAAAACAAAAUUUUGAGGCCAAAGAAGUAUCAGUUGUAUAAAACGAGUCCUGAUUCACUUACUAAAGUUUCUGUUAGAUGGCAAAAUGGCUUUGACAGAGUUCCUCCUUCUGAACAUGACCAGAUGGCAUAUAUUUCGUUGUUUGACUAUCAGUUGAAGACAACAAAAAUGACUUUUUAUGUUGAAAAUACUGGUAAUUUUUCAUUUUAUUUGCCAAAAGGAUUUACAUGUCAUCAAUGCUUGUUAUCUGUUAGUCCUGUUUAUAAUACGUUGCCUGAGAGAUGCAGAAGUCUUGUUCAACCAAUAAAGAUAAUAAUGAAUGAUGAAAAUACAAAUCCAGACUUUGAUUUCAGUUCGGAUGAAAGCUGUUAUUUGUAUAACGCAGAAAAAAUUAUAAAUGAAGAUGACGGAAGAAUUCUUUUCUUCGGAUCGUUUAUUUUCAUUGUUUCUGCAUCAUUUAUACUCUAUAUAAUAUCAUUGUUUAGAGAAAUGAUGCAUUCAAGGCGUUCUUAA